AUGGAAAGUCAAGUACCUCGACUACAAGGCAAGGCGCAGAUGAAGCAAGGGAAGAAGAAAAUCAAGGCCAUCUCGAAAGCCCUUAAGAACCUCAAUAAAACACCGGGCAUCGAGCCAACGCCUGGAGCGCUGAAUGCUUUCUCACACCAAGGAACACCCUUCACGCAUUAUGACUUCAGUCAUUCUCCGCGACCCCCUAGUGUCCGGUCGACACGAUCGCUACCCGAGAUUGCAGAGGUUGCACCUGAUCAAGAUGAAGAGCCGGACAACAGACCCGAGGUGCGCCGUCACCACACGAGUCGUACCAUGUUCGCUCAAAGCCCACCUAUCUACAUACCGGGCGCAAGAAGCUCAGACACGACGCCCGAAAGGACGCCACUCUACAACGGGCAACCCAGACGUCAGGUGAACUAUGGCUCCAUUGUUGGGACACCUCCAGAGGAGACGCCGGGCAUGAUGGGACCUCUCGAACUCCCAGAUCCGGCAUUGACUCCCAUGAGAAGUCGAGCCACAGCCGAGCCCGCGCCAAUGCACAAUUCUCAAGGCAACACUCCUCGGCUACCUCCUCCUGCCCAAGUACCUCCAUCUUUAGACCCAUACCAUGUUGGUAAAACGAAUCACCCUCCUCGCGCGAGAGGCAGCCUUGGUGGAAGUCUGGCAAAAGUCAUGUUCAAGCGUCGGAAGCCAAACAAGACCCAGUCAGUCUCAGGGCCGUCUCUGUCUCGAGCCAACUCCCUUUCCGCCGCCGAAAGGUUUCGGAAGCUGUUCGUUCCUCGAGAUCUCACCGAGGCAACCGUCAGUGACAUGCAACUGUCGGCAUAUCGGGACCUCGAUGAGCGACAGGCAGAGUUCUUCACCUUUUUGGACAAGGAGUUGAAGAAAAUCGAAGAGUUUUACAAGAUGAAGGAGGACGAGGCGACUGAGCGGCUCCAAGUUCUGAGGUCGCAAUUACACGAGAUGAGAGACCGUCGCUUGGCCGAAAUAUUGAGGUCGAAACACGAGGCUAACGGGACCCAACUACCAGAUCUACUCGGCAUCAGGGAUCCACCACCGGACGUGCUCAAAGAGAAUGUCAAACCUGAUGGGAACGGCGGCUCUAAUCUAUUGCCGACCAGAAUCGAAGAUCUCAUUGGCCGUCGUCCAACGAUAGGCAAGACUAGCGAGGCCAUGGCACAGAUGAGUAGUCCUCCAGGGCCACGGGCACAGCAACGCAUCAAUGAUGGGAAGAAAGACUACGUGCGCCGCGACAACGGCAAGGAAGUCAAGUACACCUUUGCUAAACGAAGACUGAAAGUCGCGUUGCAGGAAUUCUACCGUGGGCUCGAAUUGCUUAAAUCUUAUACUCUGCUGAACAGGACGGGGUUCCGCAAGAUCAACAAAAAGUACGACAAGGCCGUGCAGGCUCGACCUCCGCUGAGGUACAUGUCGGAGAAGGUCAACAACGCCUAUUUCGUCACGAGUGAUGUUAUUGACAACCAUCUCAUGGCGGUCGAGGACCUGUACGCGAGGUAUUUUGAGCGCGGCAACCACAAAAUUGCCGUGAAGAAACUCCGAUCUAAGAUUGGAACUGGAGAUUACUCGUCGGUGGCCUUUCGCAAUGGACUAUACCUGGCUUCUGGUGUCUGCUUUGGCGUGGCGGGUCUGGUUGACGCCUCUUUCCGACUGCAGGAUCCGCGCAUAUCUGUACAAACGAGCUAUCUACUGCAGCUAUACGCGGGCUACUUCCUCAUCGUUCUCUUAUUCCUGAUAUUCGCGCUGGAUUGCAGGUUCUGGGCCAAGAACCACAUCAACUACGUCUUCAUUUUCGAGUACGACACCAGGCAUGUCCUCGACUGGCGACAACUGGCCGAACUGCCCUGUUUCUUCGCCUUCCUGAACGGCCUGUUCAUCUAUCUCAACUUUCGACAGAAUGCGGAUGACUGGUUCUAUAUCUAUUGGCCGCUGUUUCUCAUCAUCAUUACUGUGGUCAUCAUUUUCUUCCCAUUCCCCUUCAUCUAUCAUCACGCCAGGAAAUGGUGGGCCGAAACGAAUCUCAGACUGGCCUUUGCACCGUUUUACCCGGUUGAGUUCCGAGACUUUUAUCUCGGUGACAUGUACUGCUCACAAACCUACGCCAUGGGUCAGAUUGAACUGUUUUUCUGCCUCUACACCAACGACUGGCAGAAUCCUCCACAGUGCAAUUCCAGCCACUCACGCCUGCUUGGCUUUUUUGCUGCUCUACCCGCAGUUUUGCGGGCACUGCAAUGUCUACGUCGGUACUACGACUCCAGAAACUGGUUCCCCCAUCUGGCCAACUGUCUCAAAUACUGUGGCAAUAUCGCCUACUACGCGACUCUGUCAAUAUACCGGAUCGACAUGAACCACACGACAUGGGCUAUCUUCGUCACGUUUGCUCUGAUCAACGGCCUUUACUGCUCCUUUUGGGACGUUUACUUGGACUGGAGCUUGGGUGACGUUUUUGCGGACAAGCAUCCGUUCCUGCGACAGCGGCUGGGCUAUAAGCAAGUCUGGAUCUACUACGCCGCCAUCCCUGCCGAUGUCUUGCUCCGACAACAAUGGAUCUUCUACGCCAUCUUCACCGAGGACGUGCAACAUUCAGCACUCAUGUCCUUCUUCGUCAGUCUAGCAGAGGUGCUGCGUCGUGGGAUGUGGUCUCUUUUCCGAGUGGAAAACGAACACUGCAACAACGUCGGCAAGUUCCGCGCCUCGAGGGACAUACCCCUACCAUACGAUCUUCCGGAUUCGAGGCAAGCGUCACCGAUCCAGCAACGCCAGACAGCCACUCCACGGCCUCCGGGUCAAGAACAAGACGAUCAACGCGUCGCAGCAACAGGUGUGGACGUCGAAGCCCGUUCUCCAGACGACUCCUCCAUGCGCCGACGACGUCCACCAACCACCCCACGGACCCCUGCGAUGCGUGCACUCCAGCGCGUCGGCACGAUCAUCGGCACGGCCCACGCCCAAGACUUUGAACGGAGAAGGAGACCGCCCGACGAGAUUGGUGCAGCUCAAGUUGGGGAUGACGUUCGAGACAACGGGGGCAGCAGUGACGAGGACGAUGACGACGAAGGGGACGGGAGUGGUGGCGACGACGAGUUUGCCGAACUCCAGAGACAGAGAGAGCAGGAUUUGGAUCAUGCGGAAGCCGCCGAGGCAGAUCGGUUGGUUGGCCGGGCUACUGGCGCUGGGCGGUGA